AUGCAGAAAUCCACUGACAGUGAUGAUUUGAGCGACGAAGGAGAACUCACAGUGAAAAUGGAGUCAGAAAUGUCACCACAGUAUUCAAUUCAAGAUGACCAGGAUGGGGACGAUGGCGAGAAUGAUAGUGCACAUGCUCAAGUAUAUGAAAGACAGUCCAAGCGUAUGAGAGAUAAACACUCGGCUAAGGAAACCACCAAAGGAAAGAAGCGCAGGAGGGAUGAAGAUAAAGUCGGCUCAUCACGGGAAGAGCUCCUACACCAGCAGGUAGAUGAAUACAGUAAUUCUGCCACAUCCGCUGUUGUCACCAACACCCCAGCUGAUUCAACACAGGCAGUUGCAGCAGCUUCAGAAAAUAUUGCGCCAACUGCCCAAGCCAUGGCUGCAAACCUUCAGGGAGCUCAGCAACCCCAGCAGCACAUGCAGCAGUAUUACCAUCACAUGACCGACGAAAUGAGAGACUCUUUAGAUUUGCUGUCGGAGCCAAAAAACGAGUUUUACGGGAAUGAGUACAAUAGCGGAGAGUACAAUGAAGCCAAGCCACUUGCCGAUCUACUUAUGAAUCCUACGAUAGUCAGCUACAGCCAGGAGGGGAACAGCUUCUCUCAGGCCCAGCCGAUUUUCAGCACAAGUCAGAUGAUAGCCCAGGCUUACAGCCAUGCUCAGCAGAUGGGGUCUGCCCCGAUUUUCAGCCAAGUGGUGUCCAGCACCAACACCUAUCCUCAGAGUGUCCCCACGCAGGUGGCAGGGAAUAUGAAUGUGACGGUGGUCAGUUCCCACCAGGGACAGGAGGUGACUACAAAUCAAAAUAACCAGCAGCAGCAACAGCAGCAGACACAGACGAUUGAUGUGAACGGACAGCAGGUGCAAGCCCAGGUGGUGGGCCAGGCUCAGAUGACCGCUCAGCAGGUCCAGAAUUAUGCUGAUGCAUACGCAGCUCAGGUCAGUGCUGAUUCGGUUGUCCAGCAACAGCAGGGUCAGGUGGUGACAUUCUCCCUUGCUGGUGGUCAGAAUAUGAUUAUUGCUUCUCCUCAUGCCCAGCACGCUGGACAGAACUAUGUCAUCCAGUCCCAUGGUGCUCAGCAUGGUCAGAACAUCCUCAUAGCUGCCCCAGGGCAGCAGACCAUGUCAGGUAAUUUUAUUGUGAAAACUGAAGGAGAUGACAUGGGCCACAACUUAGUGCUCACACAGCAGAAUCUGCAGCAGGCUUUGGGUCAGAAUAUGCUUCUAACUCAAGAUGGACAGUUAACCACAGCAGGUGGGGGUGAUAGCGUUGUUCUGACCUCGGCAGAUGGUCAGCAGAGGCAUCAUAUCCAGACUACCAGGCAGAUCCAGCCUGCUCCGCAUCCCCAACAACAGAUGAUUGCCCAAGGUAUCCCAAUACAGGCUGGUGGAGGACAGAUGCCACAGGUGUCUUUAGUUUUGCCUCAGGUAAAUUCCCUGUUCCCACAGAUUCAGACCUCUGCAGCAUCAAUCAAUCCACAGGCUUUCCUUCAGGUGUGUGCCAUGAUGGACAAGACAAUGGCUGUGGUGAAAGAAUCCCACAGUGUUCUGUUGGAGUUGAAUAAAAGAGUAGAGAGGAUUGAGAACCAUCCUUUCCUUCAGUCUGUGGCUUUGGCUGCAGCUGCCCAGUCCAAGAUUGUCAAGCCCAAGCCUAAACCCAAUGUUCCAGGAAGUUCUACUCCAUCACCAGCCACACCCACAAGUGCAAACUCUAUGGUUACUAAAGCUAACCUGAAAGCUGCCCUGUCCAGCUACCUUACCAUCUCAGAUUACACUGCAACAGAUGAGCUAAAGCGCAGUGAUUCCAACUCUGAUCUCUUUAUUCCUGUGGGCACAGUGUCCAUGUUACAAGGCCAAGGCAUGCUAGAGGCACCCAGCCCAAGUGAAACCCCCGAAACUGCCUCUAGCACAGUCCAGGAGCAUGACCAGGACCUCCUGCCAAUAGUUCUAAGCGGUAUGGGAAAUGGGGUCACUGCAGGGGUUCCAACUUCGGACAUCAACGUGCCCAUUGUUGACAGCCAGAGUGGUAUUGCUGUAACCUUGUUUGAUGAGGGCAAUGAGAACCAGAAGUUUGCACUGGGGCCAGGUAGCGGCAAAGAACCAAAUGCCAGAUUCUCAAAUACCUCAGCUACUCCUAAAACCGUCAUCCUAGACCCACGCUUCUGGGAAAUCCUGGUUGAGGAUUUCCAGAAGAAUAUGAACUCUGACCAGCUCAUCUCAGCCAUGUCCUCGACUCGCAAACCAUUAGUUCGCAGCAUUGGAACAUCCGAGAUCAGCAUCUGCUCCACAGUUCUCAAGGAAGCAGAGUCGGCUUGCCAGGGACGCCGCGAGCGUCUGGCCAAAGAGCUUGUGUUCAGGAUUUUCACCCUGGGGGAAGUCUACGAUCGUAAUGUGUCCGGCGUGUUUUACAUUAACGGCAAAAAGAUGGAAAAUAAAAAUAAAGCCCUUGAUCCUGCCAAGAUGGCAGCCAUCCACUACCUAGUGAUGAAGUACCCACCCAGUGUGGUCGACAACCCCAGACUGGAAAGGUUGGUGUGGAAAAACUGUGUGGACAGGAUUAAUGAUGCCCUCCGGCGGAUCUACAACUGGAUCCACAAGAUUGUGGAUGUGACUAACAUCAUGGAAAAGCUCCCAACAGAAAGCAUCAUGAUGCAUUAG